AUGCGUUAUUAUUCCUCAAUUCCUCCUCCCCUGCUCACAAACAGCACCCUCAUAACACAAGUGACACUCAGCCAGCGAGAUCCUAAGUGCCUCCAGAAUCGUUAUGAAGAUAUUAACAUAGUUCUUGGACUAAUUUUAGCAAGUUUUUCCCUAAACUUCACGUUGCCGGGUAACACGACUUCCUCCCCAGUUGUUACAGGUGGGAAAGAAGCAGACUGUGGGCCUCCUGUUGGGUUAGCAGCAGGCAUCCCAUCCCUGGUGGCCACAGCCCUGCUGGUGGUUUUAUUGUUGACCUUGAUUCGUCGAAGAAGAAGAAGAAGCAAUGACUCCACUGAGGAAAGUGAGAGACCAUAUGAAAUUUCAGACAUCUAUGACAAUCCCAAGGUAUCUGAGAAUCCUCAGCGGUCACCCACACAUGAUAAUAUUGUGGGGACAGAAGAAGGCCACAUAUAUGUGAAGACUGUAGCAGGAAGUGAGGAGCCCAUGGGUGACACUUACCGUCGUCCUCGUGUAGAAAUGGAGAGAAGGCGGGGAUUGUGGUGGCUUAUACCUAGACUGAGCCUAGAAUGA